AUGGCCCGGGCGCGGCGCGGCCGCCCCUGCCCGGGGCCUUUGGCCCUCGGGGCUGCGCGGCCUGAGCGGCGCUCGGCUCUCCUGCCUGGCCGCGCCCAGCCGGGCCGGGCCGGGCCCGCCGCAGGGCCGCUGUCCCCUCACGCAGCGCGGUCACGGCCGCGGGGCGGCCCUGCCGAGCCCGCGCCGCCGUCCAUGGCGACUCGCCCGCCGUGCCUGUGGCUGUGCCUGGCCGGGCUGUUGAGCCUGCGGGCGGCCGGAGCCCUGCCCGGGCGCCCCGACCCGCGGGACGCCGUGCUGGCGGCGGCCUUGCAGCGCCUGCGGGAGGUCUUCGACAUCGAGGAGCUGCCGCCCGACGUGCUGCCCCGCAAGAAGCCGCCCCAGUUCAUGGUGGAUCUCUUCAACAAGGUGGCUGACGCCAACGGCAUCACCCGCGCCCCGGGGCUGCUGCAGGGAGACGUGGUGCGCAGCUUCGAGGACCGAGUUCACGUGAACCACCACCACUUCUACUUCGACAUCAGCGCGAUGGAGAAGAGCGAGCAGAUGCUGAAAGCCGAGUUCAGGGUCUUCAAACUUAAGAGGGCACAUCGGUCCAGAAGGUCCGACACGCAACACUUCUGCAAAGUGGAAGUGUAUGAGCUCUUGGAGAGUGAAAAUAAGCCACAGAAAAAACAUCUCAUUGCAUCGAGAUUAUUGUCCCUCUACACGGAAGGCUGGGAAGUCUUCAACGUCACACAGACAGUUUCCAAGUGGGUUGGAAACAGCAGCUCCAACCAUGGCUUUUGGAUAACUGCGACACAUGUUUCCAACCAUGGAAUGAAACACGACGUGGUUACAUUUGCCAAGAGCCAGAGCACUUUGCAGGAGAGCAGAAAUGCUCUCCUUGUUCUCUUCACCAACAGUAACAAACGGAGGUCUCACAGCUUCGUACCCUCCGCUACAAAAUCAGAAACAAACCACCCUGCCAAAUCUUCACGUGUUCCUCGUGACACUGCUGUCAAGGAAAGCAGCAGUGCCAACAUGAGCAGGAGAUCCCGAGCUGCUGCAGCCCCUGCUGCCAGAAGCCUGUUGGCAGCGUGUCACAGGAGGGAGCUCUAUGUGGACUUCCAUGCUAUUGGCUGGUCAGGAUGGAUUAUUCACCCAAGUGGAUACAAUGCAUUUUAUUGCAGAGGAUCCUGCAUCUUCCCUUUGGGGGAAAGUCUAAAUGCAACAAACCAUGCUACAGUUCAGUCCAUUGUUUAUACGCUGAAAUUGUCUCAAGAUGUCAGCAUGCCCUGCUGUGUGCCAGAUGAAUUGAAGUCCCUCAAUCUCCUCUACUUUGAUGACAAACAGAAUGUCGUCCUUAAAAAUUAUAAAGACAUGGUGGCAACAAGGUGUGGUUGUCAUUAG